AGAAGAAGAGGAAGAAGAGGAGCAGGAAGAAGAGGAAGAGGCGGUUGGACUUUUGGACUGUGGCUGCGAGGUAUUAUUAUGAGUUCCCUGGACCAGCUGGCGGCCGUGGACCCCGUGCUGGCAAGAUUCAUCGCCGGGGAGACACAGAAGCAGCGAUUCCAGGCCACGCACCACCUCCCAGGCUGUGACUGAGUCCACGCACCCCCGCCAAGAUUCGAGCAGUACUAAGCUGCACUAGAAGAGCCAAGAAGAAAUAGAGUAGUAAGAGGCAAGCAAACCCCUCUGUAGAUGAGUCAUGGAGGAGACUCCUGCAGCACCAGAGCAGCCUGAGGCAGCAGGGAAGGAGGCUGUGGCCCCCAAAGAGCCCAGAAGGCGCAAGAAGCGCCUCCUCAAGCAGAUAGCUGACCAGAUGGAUUUUUACUUCAGUGCAGCAAACAUCACCAAGGACCGCUUCAUGAGCAGCCUUCUCAGUGCAGAUCCGUACAUUGACUUACAAACAUUCUUCAAGUUCAAUAAACUUAGAUCCAUGACCACUGAUGUUGACUUUUUGAGGAAAGCCAUCAGUAAGUCAUCCAUACUGGAACUGUCUGAGGAUGGCCUCAAGGUUAGGAGGAAGACACAUGUAGAGAUAAAAAAUAAUGAGUUGCAGUGCACCAUCUAUGUUGAAAACAUUCCCUCAAACGCUGACCACGACUGGAUACGUGAGGUGUUUGGAGGGUAUGGAACCAUUGAUUACAUUUCUGUUCCUCGUUUCCAUCGCUCAGGCAGACCCAAGGGCUUUGCCUUUGUAGAGUUCAAGACUCCUGAGAUGGCCAACAUUGCCUUGGAAGCAUUUGGUGCUCUUAAGUGCAAAAUUGCUCCCACCAUUGACCCUGGCCAGCUACAGAGCAUCAAGACUUUUGAGGGAAACUCUGGAGAGCAAGAAGCUGAGGAAAGUGAAAAUAAGUCUGAAUGUGACACCCAAAAUGGUGACAAGGAAUCUGAGCAUGCAAAGAGCAUGGAAGCUUCUGGAGAGGAAGAGGAGAAGGGGAAGAAGAGAAAGUUAGGAGAUGGUGCAACGGAAGAAGAAAAUGAAAAGAAAAGGAGAGUAGAUGAUGAUGAUGCAAAGGAAGAAGCAAAUGAAAAGAAAAGGAGAGUAGGUGAUGAUGAUGCAACAGAAGAAGCAAAUGAAAAGAAAAGGAGAGUAGAUGAUGAUAAAGAUACAUCAGACAAUAUAGCCCAGCAGGAAGAAAGCAUGGAUGCCCUUGAGAACAAACCACAGGACGGCAUAGCUGAUGAAGCGGAGCCUUCAGCCGGUGGGAAGAAGAGCAAAAAGAAGAAGCGGAAACGUAACAAGAAAGGGAAGGAAGUCAUUGACAGCAUAUAUUUGAGGGUCAUGUCCAAAGAAGAUUGGAAGAAAUUAAGAAACAAAUAUCUCAAUACACAAAGAGAGAACAUGAAGUUACUCAAGAUGCAGCUGCAGGACAGACAUCAGCAGCAUCAAUACUGGCAGCGCCCCGGAGAGUGGAGUGCCGAGCGCGACAACAAUCAUGAUGCAGAGCGAGACACAAGCCAGGAAACAACCACAAGGAGUAACUCGGCUCAAAUAGAUCAUCAUCUCAAGCCACAAUUCACACCAAACUCUGUGAUCAAGAUAAGCUUUGAGGAGCCGCCCCAGGACCCCAAGAAGCUGCGAGAGACCAUCAGGGAAGGCGGCAGUGGAGGAGUGGCAUACGUGGACGUGAGCGCCACUGAGAGGGAUGUGUAUGUCCGGUUCCUGUCGGAGGAGGCGGCCACGUCGUACAAGAAGACGGGGUGCUGGAGCCGCAUGGAGGUCCUGUCCGGCGCGGAGGAGGAGGAGUACUGGGAGCGCAUCAUUUCGUGUUGGACGCAGCGCAGGACCAAAAAGAGUAAACAGAGUGGAAAACAAUCACAGAACUUCCCUGGCGAGCUGCGAGGAAGAGAAAAGCUCCUUCAAAAGGCCUUGAAAGAGGCACAGAACACAAAGUGUAAUUCACACAUUGUUUUUGAUGAUUAAGUGUGUAGGUGCAUGAAGCAGCACCAAGGCAGUCCUACCCUGGAUAUGAUUGGGCUG